AUGGCGGAGUAUUUUGAGUUCUUGUCGCUGCCGAAGGGAGCUUGUACUGAACUUGUCUCCGAUGCAAGAAACUGUGCAGAUGAACGCGGGGGCCCUUGCAGCUGCAAGUGUCGAGUCGAGAUUCCACGGCUUCAGCCUUUGACUUGGGAACCACUUGAUCCCAUGACUUGCGAUGAUCUCCAGCUAGCUCCUCAGAGCUGUGUCGCUCACUUGGAACAGCAUGGUUGUGGCAUAGUUCGGGGUGUGCUUUCCGCCGAUGUUUGCCAGCGUUUGCUCACAUUUGUGGACAGCCAGUUGGACAGGGUGCUUCAUGAGAUCGAAUGUCAGUCGGAUGACCUUCGCCAAGACCUUAUGAAAGAGCAUUUCGGUACCGUGCGCGACCGCCAGCAGCGGUGGGACUUGAAGCUGCCAUUGAAUUCAAUUGUCGAGGAAGCUCUGCACCAGGCAGUGCUUGCUCUUGGCUCUAUACUGAAUGGAACUGUUGAAGCUGCGGGAGCAUUGGUGGAACUCUCGUGUUUGAUCACAGACCCUGGUGCACCGAGGCAAAACGUGCACGUAGACACUGGUGGCUGGAAGACCGCAUGUGCUCCACUGCUAACCGUUUUCAUUGCACUGCAAGACAUUUCGGACGAGAUGGGGCCCACCAUCCUUCUUCCUGGCACCCAUGAUGAUCCCUACCUGCAGCAGUGGCUCUCGGUUUUGCCGGGGGCGGAGCGAUGCCCAGAGCAGUUUGGAGGUGGCAUGAAGGCAUCUUGUCCAGCUGGCUCAGCAGUCUUCAUGAAUUCCCGGCUGCUGCAUUGCGGGGGUGCCAACCUGGAAGCGCAGGCCGGUGGUUCGAGAAGACGUUUGUUCUACAUGACCUGGCAAAAGCCCGGCAACACCAACCACGGAUCUACCUACACGAUCAAAGACGAGCUCGUGGGGCGAUUUCGUGUUCAAGAUUGUCUUUCGCAUCCCGUGAUUUCCGCUGGUACGGUCUCGGAAGAUCGUAUAGUGCUGGAGGUUGUGGCAAAGCGGAAGGACGAUGCUCAAGCCAUGCUUGAAUUUGCCAUGCGCUUGCGCGAGGAAGGAGAUCCAGGUGCUGUGGAAUGGCUUCGUGCAAUCGCUCGCAAGGGUCAUCCGCUAGCAUGCAUGCACUUGGCGGAGCUCUACUGCUUGGGUGAGCUAGGCUUGGAGACAAACUAUGAAGCAGCCGAUGAGCUGCGGAAGUUUGCGCUGGGAAUGUUUGACCAUCUGGCCGACAAGUCUGACGGCAAGCCUUCUUUCCAGGAAUUUCUGGAGAAUCACAUUGCCGUCUUCCGCCAGGCAGCCAGCUGA